UGUCCUGGUACGAAGUACGCAGGGAGCUGAAUUGCGUGAAGUUCAGGACUGUAGGUUCCGAUCGUGGACGUCCCUCAGUGGCCUCGUGAGGCUCAACUUCAAUUCUACGAAGACCGUACUACUGUGCUAUGUGAUCUUGCCCUCUGAUGUGGACCUGUCCACCCCAGAAUGUGUGCGCAGCCUAAUGGUUCAGGAAACCUUAGUAAGAAGGUGGGUUCUUGCCGAAGAAGGGGAGAAAGUGAGACAGGCUCAAGCGGGUCAAAAGCCUCACAAAGCUUGCAGAGUAGACAGUUCCUGAAGGGGGCAGCACAGGGUAGCCAUCACAACUCGCAUAUUUUGGGAACUUGGAGGAGAAGAAGACACGGAACAACUGCAAAGAAAACGCGCAAGCGAGACAAUAUGGAGACGCAGACAUCUCUUUUACAGGUACCUGACACACUGGACCCAAGAAUUGAGAGGCCACGAAGUGCCUCAAUGUCCCCUCGAACGAGCGUCAGCCACCAAAGCGCCCCCCAUACAUUUCGCUUCUUGGCAGGCUGUCUUCGCAAGAAACGCUUCAACUUUCAUAGUCAACAGCUGGAACGAAAGCUCACAAAACUUGCCAAUCGAGUGCAGCCAGAGGCGACGCCAUACACGGGACUUAUCAUCAGUCCAACAUUGCAGUAUAAUUUCGCGGAGAGUUUUACGGUUAGAAUGAAAGUGUUUGCCCAGCAGUUCCAUAAACCCGUAUCUUUCUCCUGUCCAGCGGGAACCAAAGUGGGCUACUUGAUCGACAGCCUUAAGCCUUUCCUCGGGAGCCCCAAAGGCGAGUACGUGUUUAAAGUCACCGGGUACGAUGAGUAUCUUUCCAAUGAAUCGUUAUUGAGCGACUACGAACACGUGUGCGCCUGCAAGAGGUUGGACAAAGACAUCUGGCUGACGGUUGUCGACCGAAAUGCCGUGUCGCGCAACUGGCAACUCUGUACGCGAGAAUGGUGCGAUCUCAAUAUUGAGUGUGACGCUUUCGACGAACCCUCCUUCGACCACAUCAAGGACAGGGUCUUGUCCUUUGAGUCCAUAGCACAAGAACUGGUGGGUCCCGUGGAGCCCGACGAUACAGACACAGCGGUGAAGAAAGUGUGCGAAUCAGUGAAGAAUCUGUGCGCGUUGCUAAAAGCGACCGAGACGGCCGACCUCUACCAGGCCGUUGCCGAUUUGAGAAAUUUUUACGCAGACAUCGCGGAAAAGAGGGACGAUAUCGGCCACACCAAGAAGGUGUACCUCAUUACGCAGCUCUUGGAAGAACUGGAAAAAUGUAUAGCUCAUCUGAUUUACUUGUAUUCCUCUAAACGCGCCGUCGAUUUUCAGGUAGAGUUCUUUGAUGAGAGUCUCAGAUGGACUCUCGACGCUUCUCACUGCUUCUGCCCCAAGAUUAAGACAUUGCAACAGCUCCAGAAGGGCUGGGUCAACAACUAUGACACGUUCCGCAUAAUUAGCUGCAUCGUCUACGGGGAGCGCGCCAUCGCGAGGAAGGAAACGCGCCACGUGUACGUGACCAAGAAGUUCUUCAGCUGCGCCAGCUUUGAGGAGACGCUCAGCUUUAAGGACAUCCCAAUCAAGCAUCUCCCUCGAGAAGCUCGGCUCUAUUUAACGGUGAUGGGCCUGCGCGACGGGCACGACGAAGUCGUCGGAUGGACGGGACUCAAUCUCUUUCUCGACCCGGGUCGCUUCAAUGGCGGGGAAUUCCUUCUGGGUCUGUGGCCUCCCACAGUGAGUUCUAUCAAUGGCCCGGCCUCAGGAAACGAGAACAAUGUUGGCAGCAUCCUUCUCAGUCUUCCGUACGUCAGUGACCUGGAGGUUCCGCUCAAGUCUUCGAAUGUCGAAAGGAAGGCUUUCACCGAACUCGACGCUGAAACCCAGAACGAAUUCGUGGACCUCAUGACGGAUGACCUCUUGCAGCCGUUGAACCAAAGCAUGCGUACGAAACUGUGGGAGCACAGACACCACUUGUGCGACCAUGCGAGUCUACUUCCCCACUUCCUCUCCCUUCCCGUAGCAUAUCUCGCGGUGAACAUUCGCGAGACUUACGCCCUCCUGGACUUAUGGAACCCAUUGACUCCCGAGGAGGCCCUGGCGCUGUUCACGCCAAGCUAUCCGGACAGCACGGUGAGGAAAUACGCAGUGCAGUGCUUGCAGAGUUUGGGCAGCGACGAGCUGUCCCUCUACCUUCCACACCUGGUCGAAUCUCUCAAGUACGAAUGUUGGGACGACAGUCACCUGGCACUGUUCCUUUUGCAAAGAGCGAGGACAUGUGUACGCUUGGCGCAUCAGCUGUACUGGCUCCUAAAAUGCAUGGUUGAGGAACCGCUGAUGAGAUGCCGUGUCCGCAUCAUGAUCAAGGCGUUAGCAUUUAUGGCCGGAGAAAAAGUGGCCCGUAGCGUCCGCAACCAGAUGAGCCUGGACAGUACCUUUGCGGACAUCGCGCUCAAGGUGAAGAAUGCCGAUACACAGCGGGAGGAAACUAUGCGCCAUGGUCUGAUGCGGGUCGAUGAGUCGCUGCAGGAAUGUAGUGCCACACUGCCGUUCGACCCGGCGUUGAGCGUCGGUGGAAUCGACGUAGAGUCUUGCUGCGUUUUCCCCUCGAAGACCCUGCCCAUGAAGAUUGUAUUCAGGCCAACGGAUACCGAUGCUGAGAAGUUUGAGACCAUCUACAAAGUGGGGGAUGACUUGCGACAAGACAUGUUUAUUCUGAAUCUCAUUCAGCUGAUGGAUAAGCUGUGGCUGGAAAGUGGGCUAGAUCUCAGGAUGCUGACCUUCAAGUGCACAGCCACGGGGAAGAAUCGCGGUAUACUCGAAGCCGUUCGCAAUGUUAGCACUCUGCGUUACAUCCAGACUGAACACUUGGGCAUCACUGGAUCCUUCAACACGAGAACCAUAGCCGACUGGCUCCUCAAGCAACACCCCGAUCCAGCUAACUACCACGCGGCUAUCGAAAACUUUGUCCGUUCCUGUGCCGGUUGCUGUGUGGCCACCUACAUCUUGGGCGUUGGUGACCGCCACAACGACAACAUUCUCCUGGCCACUUCUGGCCACAUGCUGCACAUCGACUUUGGAAAGGUCCUCGGAAAGGCAGAAACGUUGGGUGGCAUUCGACGAGACCGUGCACCUGUGGCUCUCACACCCGACAUGGUGUACGUGAUCCGCAAGAACGGGAGCGACACCCAGUUCAUCAGGUUGUGCUGCGACGCUUACAAUGUGCUUCGGCGCAAUGCUGGUGUCUUCUUGUCACUUUUCAAGAUCAUGACCUACUCUGGCAUCGGAGACGUCACGGGUCAAGCGAUAGGGUACCUCCGUCGAUCCAUGUCCCUCGACAAGACGGAUGCAGAGGCGGCCAGGCACUUUGAGAAACGGAUACGGGAGAGUGUGGCAACCCUGGCGACCAGCAUCAACUUUCUCAUUCAUAACAUUGCUAGUUUGGGACAUCAGACGCAGGAGUGUGCCAUGAAGCUGUCUUUUAACCCAAAGGAGUUCAGUAUGGCCUCAGAGGGACGUAUUGUCGCCUUGUCCUUGGAGGACAUGAAGCUGCGCUACCACCCCGAGAGGUACUAUGUGUUUGUUGUCCGUGUUACCAGACAGUUUCCGCCUGCUCAGAAAGUGAUGAGGACGUACAAGCAGUUCCUCGAACUCUACGGAAAGAUGAGCAAGAGGUUUGUGGAGUAUGAAUUCUAUCCCUUGUCUCGCGGGCCCGUAUUUGGGUCAGAGAGCGAUGAAGCACUCGCCCUGAAGCGCAAGAAGGACAUAGCCUUGUUCCUGGACUCUGUCAUGGCUCAGCCAGAACACGUAAAACACUAUAAGUUGAUGUACAGUUUCUUUCACCCUUUACCAAAAGAUACAGAAGCAGUACCUGGCGCGGCCAUUCGAAUUGUUACGUGAGGGUACGCAGCCACUGCUGAAGAACUUUUCUCUAUACUGCAGGAUUAAAACGAAAGUCGUUAGUCAUGUAUGCCAACACUAUCUAGUCCUCCCCUUCCACCGCUGCAGUGUGACACAUAAAGUCCCUGGGUCAUGCACCUCGAUGGAUUGCUGCAGACGAUUUCCAGCAUAGAAAGCCUGCGAUUACAAAUGGCCAUCGGAAGGUUGCUUGUUUCACUGGAUAAUGUGGCUGGAGGGGCAGUUAUGAUUGACGAGACAAUUCGCGAUAUGCCACAUUGAGUAGUGAACAGGCCUUCUGGCAGAUUUUGUGCUUGUACUAGAGUAAGCUGAAGAGAAGCUACCUUCCUUUUAAAACGUCAGCCGAACAGUUGAUUUUAAGGGUAAGAGCAUGGGAAAAUACAACAGAGAAGUGCUUGAUUUGGCUGAAAUUGUGUUUCAGGUCGAGAAAGACCUCAUAAGCAUGCACCUUAUCUAUGUUGCUGCUCAGCUUGCUUCCUCAGAGCCAACAUGACUGAAACUUGUUCCCGUGUCCUCAGGACAGAUAAAUGAAAAGUACCAUGUCUGAUAAAAUGUUAUUUAUACUGUGUGUAAAGAAUAAAAAUUUGUGCAAAGCA